AUGGCACACCACGACUCAACCGGCAAGCCUUUCACCGUUGCCAUUGUUGGCGGCGGAAUUGGGGGUCUUGCCCUGGCAAUAGGCCUUCGUCACCAAGGCAUUUCAGUUCAAAUCUACGAAGCAGCCCCCGCCUUUGCUGAGAUUGGGGCUGGCAUUGCCUUUGGGCCGAAUGCCAUCAGCGCCAUGUACCUGAUCGAUCCAGCCAUUAGGGACGCUUUCCGUCGCCUAGCGACCAAGAAUGGAUUCGACGAAGAGGACGAAACUUGGAUCAACUUCCGCAGCGGAUUCGGUGAACCCACGUUGAUUGCUAAAGUGCAAACUGGCGAUCAAGAAAAGACAGGUCUGAGCAGCGUCCACCGGGCGCGCUUCCUCGAUGAGCUAGCAAGCCUGAUUCCGAAAGACAUCGCCCACUUCGGGAAGAGGCUGCUAAGCUUCCAAGAAGAGGCCUCUGGGAAGCUGACCCUUGUCUUCGAGGAUGGGGAGACCGCCUUUGCAGAUGUACUGGUUGGGGCUGAUGGUGUGCGGAGCCGAGUGCGGCAACUCUUGCUUGGCAAGGAAAGCGUUCUUGACGGUCUCAGCUUCACCGGCAAAUACGCCUAUCGCGGUUUGAUUGCAAUGGAUAAGGCCAGAGAGGCAGUUGGAGACGAGCUGGCUAUGAAUAGCCAGAUGUACCUCGGCAAAGAUGGGCAUGUCCUUACAUAUCCCAUCGACCACGGAAAGACCAUGAACGUGGUGGCUUUCAAAAACAAGGAGGACGGCCCAUGGGAGCACGAUCAUUGGGUGCUAAAGAGCAAGGGCGAGGACAUGAGGCGUGACUUUGCGAACUGGGGGACGCCGGUGCGCAGCGUGCUUGACUUGAUGGUAGAUGCUGACAUGUGGGCUCUCUUCGACAUGCUCCCUGCACCCACGUACUACAAGGGCAACGUGGUCCUUGUGGGUGACGCUGCACAUGCAUCUACACCACACCAAGGGGCAGGAGCAGGCCAGGCGCUCGAGGAUGCAUUCAUCCUGUCAAUGCUUCUUGGAGAUAAGAAAACACGCUGUGCAGGGGACAUCCCAGCCGCUUUCAGGGCAUACGAUGCCAUUCGCAGACCUCGCUCGCAAAAGGUAGUCAGCACUAGUCGUACGGCGGGUGCAACAUACGCGCUGCAAGGAGAAGCCCGGGACAAUUUGGACGAAGUUGGAGAGGAGCUACUGCAGCGCUAUAAAUGGAUCUGGGACGAAGACAUGCAGGUUCAAGCUGAACACGCGCGAGCGCUGCUUGGACAGUAG